AUGGAGGGUGUGCAGUCUGGUUGCUCCGAGACUGUCCUUGUCGACAGUGAGUUGCCCCUGGAGGACACGCACCCAGCCGCGGAUCCUGCUGCUGCAGCCCGCCCCACGCCUGCCCCGCGCCGCCCCACCCGCCGCCGCCUUGACUUCCCCGUCGAGGCCGGGCUGACGCCAGCCCAGCAAUGCGAAUGGUUUGCUUUCUCUUCUUGCAGCAGUGGCUUCCUCGGCUUGGGCCCGGGGGUUCCCUCGACGUUCGAGUUUCCGCCCCUGCCAGGGAAGUCCACACCUGCUGCCCCAGCCUCAUCUGCUGCCACCCCUGUGCCUCGCCAGACUUCUGCCCCGGCACCCCAGCCGCAGCCUACCGUCCCCCCUGUGCCAGCUGCCAGUCCACCCGCUGUUGCUGGGUCGAACCCUGUCCUUAAUCAGAUCCUCGCUGCGGUCACCCAGCUGCAGGAGGCGCUGGCUGCGACGAUCUCCAGGGUGGCGGCCUUGGAGCAGCGAGUCUCCACGUCCCAGCCUGCGCGUGAGCUCCUCUCCAUCCCAGCCCCUGCUCCAUCUUCAGCCCCGGCCCCGUGCCCUGCCCUGCAGUCUGCUGGUGAGGCCAUGGACGUCGAUAGUGGGGAUAGUGUGGUUCCACUUGCGGGCCAGAUGCCGACCACCCCUGCAACCCCACUGGCUGUGAAGACUGAACCUGCCAAAGGAACGGCCGAACCCCGCCAUAGCCAGACGGGUCCUUCGCCUUCACCUGCUGAUCCUCCACCGCAGUGGGAGGCUACACUCCAGGUGCUGCUGGCGCAGUUUGCUUCCCUGACUCAGCAGGUGGCCGAGCUCCAUCACCGGAUCACCCCACUCCUUGAACGACAACCACCCCCUCCUGACCAUGGCGGGUAA